AUGCGGAAGAUGGCGUCGUACGAUUGGUUGUCGAGCGGGACGGGCGCGGUGCUGUGCGCGGGGUUCUUUCACUGGCGAGGACAGAGCGUGGGGACGGCGCUGGGCGUGGCGUGCGUGGCGACGAUCGCGUCGGUGGUGAUUGAAGAGUUAUUGGAGGAUCGCGAUCAGCCGUGGGUGUGA